CAGGUUGAGCACAGGUGUGCACGGGGCAGCGCUGAACGACUUUCCCAGACUUUUCGGUUUUACCGGAGCAGCUUCGCCCAGAGAGGAUGCUCUUGUCCCUUCAGCUCACACCUGAUAAAGGAAGCAGCGAGGGCUUAUUGUUGUUUCUGUGAGCAUUUUUUUUUUUUUUUUUUUUUGUCGUUGCUGCGGCUGUCGCUCAAAAUCAGAAGCAAAGUGAAGGACCGGGCGAUUUCCCCUCGGUUACUUUUAGGGAAUGCCAGUGGAAUGUUGCGCUUUUUUCGCUCCGUGACCGGACUCGACGUGAUGACCGUGUAGACUGUGUAGACCCGUGGCACCGGCUGUGACGGCGGCAGGCACCAGUACAAGAGACGGUUCGGUCGUCAACUGUGCUCAGACCUUGAAGAGGCACUAUAAAGCCGCAGCCGGGAUUUUGCACCGUGAAGAAAGUGACAUUGACAUUUACAACAAGGUGUCUAACAGACUGCACCAAUUUUUGCAGUAUUUCCUGUCUAGUUACGUGGGGUUUUUUUCCGUUUUUUUUUUUUUUUUGUUUUCGUCUUAUAAAACCCUCGCCUUCAUUGUGGUCGCUGACAGCGCAACAUCAGUCAUCUUUCCAUAUCAGAUAGGUGCAGCACGUUCCAGUGAACGUGGUUUUACGCAGAAAGAGGAGACGCUUGAGCGCCAGGCGAGAGACAAGCGCGCGGGGCAGCAUCAGGUGCCGGGGGCUGGAAAAGAAGACCGAAACGUUACCCAGAAGCCCGGCGGUGAGGUCCAGCCAUCAACAUGACGGACGGUCCGAGACAACGGAGCAGCACGGCAGGCUCUGCCAAGGAUGCUGCCGGCGAGACGGAGUCCGGGGGAGGAGUGGCGCUCAAGAAGGAAAUCGGGCUUGUGAGCGCCUGCGGUAUUAUUGUUGGUAACAUUAUCGGCUCAGGUAUCUUCGUCAGCCCGAAGGGAGUGAUGGAGAACGCCAGCUCCGUGGGCGUGGCCCUGAUCGUCUGGAUCAUCACUGGCAUCAUCACUGCCAUCGGGGCGCUGUGCUACGCUGAGCUGGGCGUCACCAUCCCCAAGUCGGGAGGAGACUACUCCUACGUCAAGGACAUCUUUGGAGGGCUGGCUGGGUUCCUGCGUCUGUGGAUCGCCGUGCUGGUCAUCUACCCGACCAACCAGGCUGUGAUCGCGCUGACGUUUUCCAACUACGUCCUGCAGCCUCUGUUCCCCACCUGCUUCCCCCCGGAGAAUGGCCUGCGUCUGCUGGCCGCCGUCUGCCUCUUGCUGCUGACAUGGGUGAACUGCUCCAGCGUGAGGUGGGCCACCAGGGUGCAGGACAUGUUCACCGCCGGCAAACUGCUGGCCCUUGCCCUCAUCAUCAUCAUGGGCAUCGUGCAGAUCUGCAAGGGAGAGUACUACUGGCUGGAGCCCGCCAAUGCCUUUGAGCCCUUCCAGGACUAUGAUGUGGGUUUGAUAGCCUUAGCCUUUCUACAAGGCUCCUUCGCCUAUGGAGGGUGGAACUUCCUCAACUACGUCACAGAGGAGCUGGUGGACCCCUAUGUGAACCUUCCUCGUGCCAUCUUCAUCUCAAUCCCCCUCGUGACCUUCGUGUACGUCUUUGCCAACAUCGCCUAUGUCACGGCCAUGAGUCCCCAGGAGCUGCUCGCCUCAAACGCUGUUGCCGUGACGUUUGGUGAGAAGCUGCUGGGAGUCAUGGCGUGGAUCAUGCCCAUUUCUGUGGCUCUCUCCACCUUCGGAGGAGUCAACGGUUCCCUCUUUACCUCUUCAAGGUGA